AUGGCGCCUACCAAAGGAAAAGAAAAGAAGGCCAAGCCAGCAUCGCCAAAGGAGGCUGUCAAAAAGCCAACAUCGAAGCAUGAGAUGCAACAACAGCUUGAAAGAAAACUGGCUUCACUCGAACGCGCGGCUGCAGCCUAUGAUAAGGCAAGCCCAGAAAAAAAGCAGCAGAUCGAUGGCAUGCGAAAUGAGGUUAGUGCGUUGCGUGCUGUCGUCGACUCGAUGGACGUAGAUGACGAACCACCGACUCCUUCGGGGAAACCAAUCGAAAAUAGGGGAACCACUCCGGACAAUAAAAGUAUGAAAAGAACACAUGGAAAUGAGAGUGGCCUCUCCUUAACGGGGUCUUCACCUGACAACGGCUCAACAUCUCCUGGAAAGGACGAUGAUAGCUCGAAGACGCCUGGAAAUCCUGGCGGCGACGGUAAAAACGAGCCCGGGCACGAGAAAGGGGCAGUAAAUGAGGGAGGACAGCAACAGAAACCGGAGACAGGACGCGCCGCGCCACGGCAGACUGUUGUGCAGUCCAUUGAGAACGAUGAACCGAAUGGAUCUUUGUUCCUCGGAGAUGAUGAAACAUCGGAGUUUGAAGAUCCGGAGUAUGGCAAGCCGUUGUUGACUAUCCCGACUACAAGUGGCAUAAGCGAAGAAGGUGUGAAGACAGUGGGGUGGUCCGGUAGGCAUCUUCCCAAGUACAUUAAUAUGUACGGAAAAAAAUAUUCGGCAACCUACCGGGUAGAAAAUCGUGCGUUCCCCCGUAGCUACGCAGACGAUCGGCCCGAGAAUGAGAACGUGGGGAGCGCGAAAAAUAGAUUCGGAGAUACACUACCAGGUAUCGGUAGAGUCCAACAUCCGAAUGCUGAAACGCCUAGGAUC